UUGUAUUCCUAUUGGUCGAAAAUCCCCGCGAAACGGGGCUGCGGUGUGUUGAGUUCGCGCGAAUUGCUGUGGCGGUGUUGGAUUGUUUGCGGACAGACGCUGUAAGAAUAUAUUAAACGAUGUCUUCACCAGCAUCCACCCCAAGUCGCAGAGGCAAGAGAGGAAGAGCCAGCAAUCCAACUUCUCCUCGCAGUGAAGAUGUCCGAUCUCCUCCAUCUCAGAGGCGCCGCAAUGAUGACACUUCCACCGGGGAGCUUCAGCCCAUGCCAACUUCCCCUGCUGCACGCAGUCCUAAUGUGCAGGACACAUCUUUGUUCUCCAGCCCUGCCAGGUCCCGCUAUUCUGCUCCACUUAGUGAGCUUGAUUUGAGUUCCCCACUUACCUAUGGAACACCUAGCUCCAGAGUAGAGGGGACACCACGCAGUGGAGUACGUGGAACUCCAGCUCGACAGCGCCCUGAUCUGGGUUCAGUAAGGAAGGCUCGUCAGGUUGAUUUGCACUCUGAUCAGCCCACAGGAGAGGAUGCAUUGUCCAGUGAGCAGCCAGUGGGGCAGAAACUUGUGAUCUGGGGCACUGAUGUCAAUGUUGCAACAUGUAAGGAGAAGUUUCAGAGAUUUCUACAACGAUUUGUUGACCCUUCUGCCCGGGAGGAGGAAAAUGCGGGCUUAGAUCUUAAUGAGCCCUGGUAUAUGCAGCGUCUUGAAGAGAUUAAUGUGGUUGGCGAACCUGUUCUGAAUGUCAAUUGUUGCCAUCUUGAGUCAUUUGACACAGACCUCUACAGGCAACUGAUGUGUUAUCCUCAGGAAGUUAUUCCAACGUUUGACAUGGCUGUGAAUGAAAUCUUCUUUGAACAUUAUCCAGAUUCCGUUUUGGAGCAUCAAAUUCAAGUCCGCCCAUACAAUGCUCUAAAAACCAAAAAUAUGAGAAGCCUCAACCCUGAAGAUAUUGACCAGUUGAUCACAAUUAGUGGCAUGGUUAUCAGGACCUCACAGCUCAUUCCUGAGAUGCAGGAGGCUUUCUUCAAAUGCCAGGUCUGCUCUUUCACCACCCGGGUGGAAAUUGAUCGAGGUCGCAUUGCUGAGCCUGCCGUUUGCAAGAACUGCAAUACCACACACAGCAUGGCUCUUGUCCACAAUCGCUCAGUGUUCUCUGAUAAGCAGAUGGUUAAGUUACAGGAAUCGCCUGAAGACAUGCCAGCUGGACAGACCCCUCACACCACAGUCUUGUAUGCUCACAAUGACUUGGUUGACAAAGUCCAACCUGGUGAUAGAGUUAAUGUUACAGGCAUUUAUCGAGCUGUUCCCAUGAGAAUUAACCCUAGGCAGAGCAACGUAAAAUCAGUUUACAGGACUCACAUUGAUGUAAUCCACUUCCGGAAGACCGAUGAGAAGCGUCUGCAUGUAGCAGACCAGGAGUUGGAACAGAAGCUGUUCACAGAGGAGCGUGUACAGAUGUUAAAAGAGUUGGCCAAUAAACCAGAUGUCUAUGAGCGCCUCUCCUCUGCCCUGGCACCCAGCAUUUAUGAGCAUGAGGAUAUUAAGAAGGGUAUUUUGCUUCAGCUAUUUGGAGGGACUCGAAAGGACUUUAGUCACACUGGUCGAGGGAACUUCCGUUCGGAGAUCAACAUUCUCUUGUGUGGAGAUCCCGGUACCAGCAAAUCUCAGCUUCUGCAGUAUGUUUACAAUCUUGUACCCAGGGGCCAGUACACAUCUGGAAAAGGAUCGAGUGCUGUGGGUCUCACGGCCUAUGUCAUGAAGGACCCGGAGACUCGGCAACUGGUGCUACAGACUGGAGCCCUUGUGUUGAGUGACAAUGGCAUUUGCUGCAUUGAUGAGUUUGACAAGAUGAGUGAUAACACCAGAUCAGUGCUGCAUGAAGUGAUGGAGCAGCAGACCCUUUCUAUUGCUAAGGCUGGAAUUAUCUGCCAGCUGAAUGCCCGCACCUCAAUCCUUGCUGCAGCCAACCCUGUGGAGUCUCAAUGGAAUCCAAAAAAGACAACUAUUGAGAACAUUCAGCUGCCACAUACACUCUUAUCUCGGUUUGAUUUGAUCUUUCUGAUGCUGGAUCCCCAAGAUGAGAUUUACGAUAGACGUCUAGCUCACCACUUGGUCUCGCUGUAUUACCAAAGCGAGGAGCAGAUGGAAGAGGAGUUUUUGGACAUGGCAAUGCUGAAGGAUUACAUUGCUUAUGCUCGAACCUAUAUCCAUCCUCGGCUAAGUGAAGAAGCCAGCCAGGCUCUCAUUGAGGCUUAUGUAGACAUGAGAAAGAUAGGCAGUGGAAGGGGCAUGGUGUCUGCCUACCCACGGCAGCUGGAGUCUCUAAUUCGCUUGGCAGAGUCACAUGCCAAGGUGCGCUUCUCUGACAAAGUGGAAAGUAUAGACGUGGAGGAGGCGAAACGGCUACACCGAGAAGCCCUGAAGCAGUCUGCCACUGAUCCAAGAACCGGUUUUGUUGACAUUUCUAUCCUCACCACAGGAAUGAGUGCCACAGCACGCAAACGUAAAGAAGAACUGGCACAAGUUUUGAAGAAACUCAUCCAGUCGAAAGGCAAGACCCCUGCAUUCAAAUACCAGCAGUUGUUUGAUGAUCUCCGUGGACAGUCCGAUGUGGCAAUUACAAAGGAUAUGUUUGAUGAAGCACUUAGAGCUCUGGGUGAUGAGGACUUCUUGACAGUGACAGGAAAAACGGUUCGGCUGCUUUAAUCUGGACCCCCCAACCACUCCCUUCCCAUUUUGUCCUAAAUCAAUAAAUAACUCCUCCCUUUUUUUCCAGGCUCCUCUCACUUGGUUGCAUUUGGCAUGGGCCACUAACGCGUUCACUCAUAAAAUUGUUGAUUAUUAUGUAAAUAAAGGGUGCUUUAUAUA